CUUGAAUUCUUCAAAACCCUCAAAUUUAAUCCAUUUAUUCUCCCAAUCAAAGGAGAAAUUCUCGCCGGAAAAACAAAUCCACGCCGUCUUUUUCUACAAUUUUUUCAACAUUUGUUUCCGCAAGCACCGCCUCACGCCUGUAAGCAAUCUUGAUUAUGUCUUCUCCACCGCCGGUAGCUUCUCCGGCACCCACCACCCCAUCUACACCACCAUCCACUAACACAACUUCACCACCACCCGCUGCAACUACACCACCACCCGCUGCAGCUACACCACCACCCACUCCUUCUGCCCCGCCUCCAUCCACCCCUGCUUCUCCUCCACCUCCAUCCACACCUCUUUCUCCGCCGCCGUCUCCAACCCCACCAACCCCCGUCACCCCUGUUCCUUCUCCCCCGACUCCUGUUACUCCACCUCCAACCACUUCCCCCGCACCACCCACAACAACCUCCCCGCCCCCUUCAUCAGCUACUCCUACGCUACCAUCACCAUCGCCUCCGACUCCGUCACCUCCCGGCUCUACGCCAUCUAACCCGCCACCAUCCGUUCCAAGAAAUAGCCCACCGUCUACUCCGGGACAAACUACAUCCUCUCCACCGCCUCCCAGGAGUGUGUCUUCUAGUCCUCCCGCGGCUCCGUCGUCUGACGGCUCUUCCGGAAUUUCAACCGGGGCCGUCGUUGGAAUCGCCAUCGGCGGAGUUCUGAUACUCGCGAUAUUUAGUAUUCUGUUUAUUUGUUGUAAAAAGAAGAAAAGAAGAACCAACGACCCUGCCGGUUUCUAUGUUCCUCCACCUCCACCACCUAAAGCUGAUCCUUACCAUCCUCAACAAUGGCAGCACAACGCGCCACCUCCUGGCGAUCACGUCGUAAUGAUGCCACCACUGAAACCCCCGCCAAUGGGAACACGGCCACCACAAUCGCCAGCUAGAUCACCUUCACCACAGCCUCCACCGCGGCCGCCGUUUCUGAGUAGCAGCGGUGGUUCGGGAUCAAAUUACUCCGGCGGUUCGAACCCACUUCCACCGCCUACCCCCGGUAUGUCACUAGGUUUCUCGAAAAGCACAUUCACAUACGAAGAAUUAGCCAUGGCUACCGAAGGUUUCUCCGAAGCCAACCUCCUCGGACAAGGUGGGUUCGGAUACGUCCAUAAAGGAGUGCUUCCGAACGGAAAAGAGGUCGCCGUUAAAUCAUUGAAAGCCGGAAGUGGACAGGGAGAAAGGGAGUUUCAGGCGGAGGUGGAGAUCAUUAGUCGAGUUCAUCACAAACACCUUGUUUCUUUAGUUGGAUAUUGCAUUAGUGGAGAUCAAAGAAUGCUUGUUUAUGAAUUUGUUCCAAACAACACUAUGGAGUAUCAUUUACAUGGCAAGAAUCGCCCUGUGAUGGAGUUCUCAACAAGAUUGAAGAUUGCUCUAGGAGCUGCAAAAGGAUUAGCUUAUCUCCAUGAGGACUGUCAUCCCAAGAUUAUUCAUCGUGAUAUCAAGGCUGCUAACAUUCUUCUUGAAUUCAAUUUUGAAGCAAAGGUUGCUGAUUUUGGGCUUGCCAAGAUUACUUCUGAUGUAGCCACUCACGUCUCAACCCGAGUGAUGGGAACUUUCGGUUACCUAGCACCGGAGUAUGCAGCUUCAGGAAAACUCACGGAGAAAUCCAAUGUUUUCUCAUACGGAGUCAUGCUCUUGGAAUUGAUAACCGGACGAAGACCCGUUGAUACCGCUCAAACUUUCAUGGACGAUAGUUUAGUCGACUGGGCAAGGCCAUUGCUAACUCGAGCUUUAGAAGACGGAAACUUUGACUCCAUAGUUGACCAACGUCUACCGAAGGACUACAACCAUAACGAGAUGGCCCGCAUGGUGUCAUGUGCCGCCGUGUGUGUCCGCCACUCGGCCCGCCGGCGGCCCAAGAUGAGCCAGGUGGUCCGCGCCCUAGAAGGCGAUGUGUCCCUGUCUGAUCUCGAUGAGGGGAUCAGACCGGGACACAGUUCGGUCUAUAAUGGGAGCUCAGACUACGAUACGGCUCAGUAUAACGAAGAUAUGGUUAAAUUCAGAAAAAUGGCUCUCGGGACACAAGAAUAUGCGAGUAGUGAGUAUAGUCGACCCACGAGUGAAUACGGGUUGAACCCGUCCGGGUCAAGUAGUGAAGGGCAAAAUACACGAGAAAUGGAGAUGGGGAAGUUGAGGAAAGAUACUCGGGGUUAUAGCGAUGGGUUUUGAUUAAUUAUAAUUGUAUAAAAAUUUGAUGCUAAUUUUUUUUUUGGAUAUGUAUUUAAAUUUGUUUUGGUCUUUUUUGAAACGAUAAAAUGG